CGGCCGAUGACCUAGGAUAAAUUAAGAUCUGAGAUGUAUAUCAUCUCUAAGUACUGCCUUACAAUUACAAAUACUUAUCCACGGGAACUUCACAGUUCGAGUCAUCACGACCAAUUCGAAACGGCGAACUUGCUGCGAGCCGUGAAGGCGACGGCGUUCCUACUGACUCGGGGAGGCAGGCGCUGUGCUUUGAAAAAGAGACCCACACUCUUACUUCGCAUCACCUAUGGCCUUCGAGCUCCCCCCCGAAAUACUAUGCGCCAUUGCCGACUUCAUCACCCCUGAUUUCAAAGCGCUUGCUGCCCUUUCUCUCGUAUGCAAGACAUGGCUGCCCCCCAGCCGUCGUGUGCUAUUCAAAAGUUUGGUCGUCACCCCAGAAACGAUGCAAGGCUUUCUAGAGCUCUUUCAGUCCCCACUGGUGUCGAUUCCUAAUUUCACCCAGGAGCUGAAGAUAUGCAGGUACAAGAUGGGUGAUACACGCUACAUCGAUAGCUGUAUUUUGGAAAGCCUAGUUCCAGCGCUGGAGAAGCUGGAGAGGCUGACGCUACUCAGAUUCGAGCACCUUUUAUGGGAAACAUCCAGGGAGACGGGCUUGGGAGAUUUGCUCAAACCUUUUGGGGGUGUCACGUCGCUUUGGUUGGAGAACAACAAGUUUGCAGACAUGCAACACUUGGCAGACUUCAUGUCGUGCUUUCCUCAUUUGCAGGAUUUGACGCCGGUCUACACGGUUUUACCUCCGAACGACACUGACGACCUUAACGGUACAGGCGUCCCGCGAGGUCUUCGACGACUCUGCAUCAUCGGCCCCAAACCCGUCAAUAGCAUCAUAGCUUGGAUCGCCGCAUCGCCUUCCCCCAUCUCACUGCAGCGCCUAGAGUUGGGAGGGAUUGGGUUCCGAAUUACUUCCCACGUGCAUACCUUGCUCAAAGGAGCAGGUCCCCAUCUUUGCGAGUUAAUCCUUCGUCCUACAUCUCGUCCAUUCUUUCCAGGCUGGAGUCCAGACGUUCAGCAGCAUCUCGACCUUAGCAACAACAGGGAGCUUCGUAGCCUCAGGCUCGCGGGUGCAAUCCAACCGCCAUUAUGUGAUACUAUCAUUGGCGUCCUCUCGACCAUUAACAGUACCUCCAUUGAGGAAAUUGUCGUGCCUAUCCUCAUUCCCUUCACAAAGGAGUGGCAAGAACGGCUCGAACACCUACGUGCCAAGUCUGUGUUUGCAUGUGUGAAGAAGUUCAGCCAUCGCUCUGCGUCUGUGGCGUAAUGUCAUCAAGUGCAGCUUGAAAAAGAGAUGGUCCGAGUCUGGGGACGAAUUAUGACACAGUAGCCGCUGCCCUUAGUCUUUGAUGUGCGAGGGGUCAAGGCGAAGGGUAAUAUUUUGAUUUAUGAUCCUGCACCUUCAUACCUGUUUAGCACGUUUCAUUUAUGAAUAUUGAAGAAAGACAACACCGAAUCAGAAGGA